AGUAACGAGAGGGGGAGUCAGAGUCGAGUAGAGAGAACGGCCGUCUGUGCAGUUGGAGCAUCUCAGGGACUAUCAACAGGGAGCGCAACCGACGAAUGAGUUUAGAGCUGGGGGUAUGAGAGCUGCCAGAAUCCGCUCCCAUCCUCCUCUGGUCGGGUCAUUGUCCGACUGACAACCAUCGGAUCAGAACCUCAACUUAACCAGCUGUCGUACGAACCUGUUAUCGGUGACAUCUUGCAACCAUGGAGCUGAGAGUGGGGAAUAAAUACCGGUUGGGACGAAAAAUAGGGAGUGGUUCCUUUGGAGACAUCUACCUUGGUGCCAACAUUGCCACUGGUGAGGAGGUAGCCAUAAAGCUGGAAUGCGUGAAGACCAAACACCCCCAGCUGCACAUUGAAAGCAAGUUUUACAAGAUGAUGCAAGGAGGAGUGGGUAUUCCAUCGAUAAAGUGGUGUGGAGCUGAGGGAGACUACAAUGUCAUGGUGAUGGAGCUGCUUGGCCCGAGUCUGGAGGACCUUUUUAACUUCUGCUCUCGGAAGUUCAGCUUAAAAACUGUCCUGCUUUUGGCAGACCAGAUGAUAAGUCGCAUUGAGUAUAUCCACUCCAAGAAUUUCAUCCAUCGAGAUGUAAAGCCAGAUAACUUCUUAAUGGGCCUCGGCAAGAAGGGCAACCUGGUGUAUAUCAUCGACUUUGGCCUGGCAAAGAAGUACAGAGAUGCCCGCACACACCAGCACAUUCCUUACAGGGAGAACAAGAACUUGACUGGAACAGCACGCUACGCUUCCAUCAACACGCAUCUUGGAAUUGAGCAGUCGAGGCGUGAUGACCUGGAGUCACUCGGUUAUGUUCUCAUGUACUUCAACUUGGGGUCCCUCCCCUGGCAGGGCCUCAAGGCUGCAACCAAACGACAGAAGUAUGAGCGAAUCAGCGAGAAGAAAAUGUCCACACCCAUUGAAGUUCUUUGCAAAGGAUACCCUUCUGAGUUCUCCACAUACCUGAAUUUUUGCCGUUCACUCCGUUUUGAUGACAAACCAGACUACUCCUACCUACGCCAGCUUUUCAGGAAUCUUUUCCACCGACAGGGUUUCUCCUACGAUUACGUUUUCGACUGGAACAUGCUCAAAUUUGGUGCCAGUCGGACAGCCGAGGAUGGGGAUCGGGACAGGAGGACAGGAGAUGAGCGAGACGAGCGGAUCGGAGGAGCACCUAGGGUGUCCGCAUCACGAGGCCUCCCUCAAGGUCCCACCCCCGGAGCUCCCAACAGGGUCAGGAAUGGGCCAGAGCAAGCCAUGUCUAACCCUGCCUCACGGGUCCAGCAGUCUGGCAACACGUCACCUCGUGCAAUAUCUCGUGCAGAACGGGAGAGGAAGGUUAGCAUGCGGUUACAUCGUGGGGCGCCUGCCAACGUGUCAUCUUCCGACCUCACAGCCCGCCACGACCAGUCGAGAAUUUCAACAUCCCAGGUCAGCGUGCCGUUUGAGCAUGUGGGGAAGUGAAAUUCCUCGGCUCUGCAUGCAAGUGAAAAUGACAGGGCUCCAAGGAGUAUUUGCCGCUAUGUUUUUUUUUUGUGUUUUUUUCCCCCCUUUGUCUCCACACCCACCCCUCCUCCCGUUUAAUGAAAUGCCGAUUUGUUAAAGGACGUGUCGCUCUUUGGAACAAGACUGUAAACCUGUCAAGAAUUCAAAGAAAUACAUGAAGUUAUCCAACCUGCAUUCUGACGUGGACCCUCUUUGCUGAACCCUGGAUCACUACCACAAUACGAAAAGCUAAUGACAAUGCUGCACUUUGCCAGUUGCUCAUUCCUGCCCUCCUUUUCCUCAAAACAUUCCCUCAAUUCUCUGACAAAUGUGAAAAACUGUCUGCAUCAAAGGAGCAAAUGGGUAUCAGGGACAUGCAUGUUUCUUAUCAAAGGCUGACAAAGACUCGGUAAUAAAUUUGUUUUAACUUGGCAACAGUAACUUCAGUAAAUGCCAUCUUCAUUUUUCAUGGAGACGUGUUAAAUUGGAGUUUUAAUUUCCAAUCUUUGCCUUUUCUUUGUGUUUUUAAGAAACGACAGCUUAAUAGAAAUAUUACAGAAUUUUUAAAAUGGGGAUGUGUAGAUGAGAUAAUAGCGGACAAGAAAGGCAACUUUGAAAAGGAUAAGUAAGUAAGUGAUGUUUUAGGUGUCGAAAUGUUUCUGGUGAAGUGAUUGCUUGCCCUUCAUCCAAUUUUGUGAUGAAUUACUGUCCUUCAAAACUUUGCCAUCAAAAUCUUCAGCACCCUUCUCUUUUCCUGUUUUAACUUGAGUGUUUUCUUUACAUUUAAUGUUAGUGGGUAAGGUUAAGUACGACUGUGGAUUUUGGAAGGACACACUCCCAAAUCUUGAGGGAAGCUCCUCAGGAAAUUCUCAGCAUACUGUUAUUUAACCAGAAUCCGUGGCAGCCCCAUUUUGGCUGCAGAAAUAAAAAUUUUAAAAAGUGGCUGCAGUUUUUAUGAUUCUUAAUAUUACUUUAUUUUUUAUUCUUUUAUUAGAGGCUAUAUGGGAGGGGAGGAGGGCAAGUUCUGUUAAUGGUGACAUUUUUUGGGGCGGGUUGGGUCAUUGGAUUUUCUUUUAUCUUUUUUUGUUUACUCCACUGUAAAUAUUUUUUUAAUUAUUUCAAUGUAAAGCCAAAUUGUGGUUUAUUUGUUGUAAAGGUGUAAAGUAGAAAAAUGCAUACUAAUGACUAAAUAGGGUCUGAAUUCGUAAUUGGGGGCAUUUAAAAAGUAUUAAACUUGGGGGAUGGGUGACUGUUGCCUUGCCAGCUGGGUCAUCAAACAGUUUCUUUGUGUGAAUGUGAGCAAGUGUGUGAUACAGCAAAUCCCUGCUAACAAUAAAGCCACAUCCUGUAUGCAUGUUAUCACUUUUAAAUUUGUCCUAUUUAUGCAAUACUUGUUUAUUUGCCUGUCUUUCUUGUAACUUAUGAGUAUCUUUAUUUUAUUAUUUCUUUGUUCUAAUUCUGCUUGUCCACUAUAUGCUGUACUGCAAUACUAGGGACUUUUAAGUAUUCCUUCUGCCAUAAUUAUAUAUUAACAGCUUGAUGUCACAUUUGGAUUUUAACCUUUUAACCCUGAUGAUGUCAUUCAGAGGAAAGCAUAAUUGGUGCAACUGCAGGGAUUUUUGUGUGCAUGUGGCAGUGUACUGUGUGUAAUUACCUUUGUACAGGCCACCAUGACCCAGUGGCAUUGUAACUUUUUGGGAUGAUGUACAAGAAGAUGAGGAGGGGAAUUUCACUUUGUGUAUUGUGUACUAAUAUCCUGUACAGUUCUUUAACACACUUUAUUUACAGUAUUUGUGUAUAUUUUAUGAAGUAAUAAAAAUUGAUAACGUU